UUCCUGCGAAGGCUGGAAGAGGAGGAGGAGGAGGGGGAGGAGGAGGAGGAGGUGGAGUGGUUCCCCGUUGGCAUGGUGCACGCGAAAAGCCAAACGAAAGGUACGUUUUCCAUUCGAACUCCGCUCUGCCGUCGAGGAGUCCGUCUUGAACUGUUGGUCGCGCUGGUUGAGAGCUGAAUAUUUUCCACACCUUGCGAAAAUUGGAGCAUACGCCAUAAGAUGAGUUUGCUUUUGAGGCGGCGUUCGCGCAGCGAGACGCGUCCUCAGGAGGCUCCUCCGGCGGACAAGACCAAGCUGGCGGAGUCCGAGAAGCCGGGAAGGCAGCUGCAUAGCCAGCAGCAGCAGGCGAAGACCCACCAGAUGCGCCACCAUCCACCGCACGCCAGUGAACAAAGCCUCAACAAACUGGGACUGGCUUCCAGUGGCUCCAUUGGCUCCAGCGGCUCCGGUGGAAUGGGCAGGCGCAAGACCUCCGCGGAGCUCAUCAGCGAGGCCAAGAUGUUCCUCGGCGAGUCCGUGGGUGUUCCGGUUCCCCUGAUGGCCACCGGUGGUGCCCGCUUGGUCAGCACCCGACGACCCAUUACGCCCCGCGAGUCCGGAAGGGUUUUGUACGGCAAGGUGGCCUUGGCAGGUCGCCCACCCAGCGCCUUCUCCAUGCGGUAUCUGCAGAACGAGAAGCCGUCCACGCCCCGCCAGCUGCCGGCUCUCUCCGGCUCCGGACCCGCCACGCCCAUGCCCACCAGGAACGGAGCACUCCUCUGCCAGUCGAGCACGGAGACCCUCAUCGAGCUGCUCAAGCAGCACAGCGGCCUCAAGGAUUGCAGCGACGAGACGGUGCAGCACAUCAACGCGAUCCUUCAGGAGCUCUAUGUGCGCGUGAGGAAGCAGGAGCGUAGCUUCAAGCGCGGCUUCAUCCUGGGCGGACUCUAUGGUUUGGUGGAGUGUAGCUCCCCACGAGUUUUGUUGGCUGUCGCGCGGGUUGUUCUGGCCCUCAGGGUGACAGGGAGCAACCUCACGGGCGCCUGCAAGCUGAUCUUCAAGGUGGCCAGGCACGAGCAGCACGACGCCCUGUUCCACGAGCACGACGUGCUGGAGCUGCUCAUCGAUGGGUUGGGACACGCCUCGCCCUUGGACGAACCGGAGGCCUGCAUUUACGCCUACGGCUGCAUCCGCUUCUUGACCGCCAGCAGUGCCCAGGAACGGGACGAUGCGCUCAACCGCAACUGGAUCGGCUUGGAGAGCUCCUCCGGCGAGGGCCAGGCGCUGCCCAUUCCCGCCCUCAUGCCGCCCGCUCUGUCGGCCAUCUCGCCCUCCCUCUGUCCCAGGAAGCUGACGGGCCAGCAGACGCUCGUUGCCCGUUUGGCUCGCCACGGAGCCGUCGAGCUGAUGAUCCUGCAUCUGCAGAUGCUCAACGAGGCGGGCGCCACCAAGCGGCUGCAGGGCCCGCCGCUCCACACGCUCUACCAACUGUCGGCGGCCAUGAGAGCUCUGGCGGAUGUCUCGCAGCAGCAGCAGCGCCUGCAGCUUCAGCUGCAGCUGGCCUGUCCGCAUCUCAUCCGGGCAGCCGAGGUCUCCAUGGGCGAACUGGAGGUCCAGGCCAAUGUGGUGCGCACUCUCAGCGUUCUUUCCGAGGACUCCGAUUGCUGUGAAACGCUGCACAACUACGCCGCCAGGAUUGGCCAGCUCCUGGGUCCUUCGUGUGCCGGCGGUGGUGGUCAGUGCAGCGAACGUUUGCUGGCGGUGCUGAGUCGCUUGGGCUACAUGCUGGGCAAUAUCCUGGCCAAACACGAAUCAGCGCGCAUUCAGUACUUUCACAACGAUGUUGCCAUGGAGUAUCUCCUGAAUGUCUUGGAGCAGCUAAACGAGCGUUCGCCCACCAGCGUGGCUCUCCUGGAUGCCCAGAUCAAGCUGAUUCGAGUGGUGGCCAACAUGAGCGUGAAUCCCGAAGUGGGCGCCGGUUUGGGAAAUGUGCGUUCCUUGGGCGCCGUUCUCUUACAGCUGUUGAGCAAAACCAGCGGAGAGUUGGCCAAAAAGAAGUCCCCUGAACAACAGGAGCUUCUGCAUGCCACUUUGGGAGCCCUGCACAAUCUGUGCUUCUACCAGGACAAACAGGCAGCUGUGCCGCCCUUGGCCGAGGGAUCCCUUCAGAGUUUGAUCGAUGAUUUGUCCGCCUCGCUGGCCAAGGUUUUGGGCAGCUGCCAGACCGCGGUGACCAAGGUGGAGUUGGCCCGCGUGCUGGGCAAUCUGACGAGGAACGAGCGGGCACGUCGGUGCUUCUGUGCAGCCGGAGGAUUGCCGCUGAUGGUGCAGCAGCUGACGAAGCAGGCGGCUGGCCAGGAUUACGAGCUGCGCACCUGUGCCAUCGGCGUCCUGGUGAAUCUGCUGGGCGAUGGCGAGCAGCGAGGUCCUUUCCUGCAACUGCGAGGAGCGGAACUGCUCUCCUUGCUUCUGCGCGGAUCCUUGGAGCAGGAGGACUGGUUCCUGGCCAACAUUGUGUGUCAGGCCCUCUGGAAUCUCCUCAUCGAUGGCCAGUGUGCAGCGAAUCUCUGCCAGAGCGGCAACAUUCUCGACGAAGUCAGCGAUCUGCUCGCCGAUUAUCUCGAUGAGGAGCGAUUACUGCCCGGCGAUAACGAUGACGACGAACCGGAGCGGGAACAAGAGAAUGUGGAAUGUGAAACGGAAACGGAUGCAGAAGCCCACGAUGCUUUGUGGGAGGACUUCGCCUUGGUCGCCACCGAUCUGCUGGAGCGCAUCCAAAACAACUUCGAUAGGCAACAGCAAUCGCAGACUGUGGUGCAGCCACAUGCCGAUAACGAAGACGAUAACGAUGUUUUUAUCGAAGAAAUGUAGUACCAGUUCGAUCGAAAGUUUAUACUGUUUCUAUAUGUUUGCAUUAUAAUUCGAUAAUUAUCUUAAACUUAAUAAUCCAAGUCGAUAAAAAUGUUUCGAAAAUACUCGUGUUAUUCUUUGAACAACGGAUUUGGGUGGGGAUAUGUUGAGAGUCCCUUUACUGCUUUCUCAUAAUAAUAUAAUAUUUCAAUAUAUGAAGCUAAGAAAUUUUUGCACUUAAAUUGCAAAACUGUAUCGGAAAUGAUUAUAUUUAGGAAAUGACCAUUAAAACAAACAUGACGUCUUUUGUCAAUGAAGAAAUGUAAAUAUAUACGAACAAGUUCCUCAUAUUUCAAGACACUUUGUUACAAACUUUUGGUUUCGUCUAAUACUGAUAUAAUUCUGAUAUGAACAUAGAUUCAUUGGCAACAGCGUUAGUAUUACUUUAAAAAUAUCAACAUUACUGAUUGUGAAAAAUCCUGUACCCGCAGAACUUUGCAUACUUAUAAUAUAAUAUAAAGAAGAUAUCAGAAGGUAUGCUUAUUUUAAAUUC